GCACAUGUCACGUGUAGUUUUUAUAUUACCUGCAAGGAAAUAUUUGUGACAUCAACUUAUUUCGAUAAUAUAAUUGGAAUUGUUACUUUUUGAUUCCAAAAAUACCUUUAAUUUAAAAAUAUAUUGAAUACCAACGACAAAUAUUAUUAAGUGUCAUUAUAUUGUUAAUGUAUAAUCGUAUAACACAGAUGCCGGUAUUUUUUUUGUAUAUUUAUAGUGUAUAAUGUAUUAAUACUGUUUGUUUUUAUGCUAUACUACUUUUUAUGUAAUAUAUCAACUUUACUCAAGGAAGAAUAUUAAAGGAAAGAUGAGUUUGUUUAUUAUGAAUAGAUAUGAAGGGGAGAACAAGGAGGAAGUUAAAAAUGACACUGAUCAUCUUUUCAAUUUGUUAAAGAUGAUAGAGGAACGUAAAAGACAAAAGUCCGUAUUAAAUAAUAAAACCAUAUUGGAAGAUGUCGAUAAAAAUAAUUUAGAAAAACCUAAGAAAAAGAGGAAAAAGGACAAGAACAAUCUGCCUGAGGAAGAGAAAGUUAAUGAUCUACAUACUGAAAACAAAAGCAAGGAUAAUGAGAAGAUCAAUGAACAACCUUCGGAAACAGAAGUACCAAUAAGACGUAAAAAGAAGAAGAAGAGAGAUAUUGAAAAUGGAUGUUAUUCCUCGAUUGAGAAUUCAGUAGCACAAAAUCAGAAAUUAGGAAAAGAAACUGAAAACUCAGAAGAUGAAGAGGGAAGUAACAACGAAAAUAUUACAAAGAAUGAAAUAUCUUCACAAGACAAUUUUAUGAUAUUAGGAGCAAAACCUCAGAAGAAACAACACGCUGUUAAGCGAGUAUUACCAGAUUGGCUGGCAAAUCCUGAAGUUAUAUCUGCUGAUUUAAAUAGUGGACCUAAUAUAGACGAAUUACACUCGAUCUUGGAUCGCAAACUGAUAGAAAUCUUGAAAACCAAUGGAAUUGUUAAAUUAUUCCCAGUCCAAUCUAAUGUAAUAAAGUGGUUGCAUACGUGCAACAAGGACAGAAGAAUAGGUUGGUGGUUGAGAGAUACUUGUGUAUCUGCUCCUACAGGCAGCGGCAAGACUUUGGCUUACGUAUUGCCGAUUGUGCAGCAACUGCAAACACGAUUGGUGCCGAAAAUCCGAUGUCUGGUUGUUCUGCCAGUGCGAGAACUUGCAGCGCAAGUUCACAAAGUAAUGGUGACCUAUACAUCUCACACGAACUUGAAAGUAGGAUUACUCUCAGGUACUGCUUCGUUUGAACAAGAACAGAGCGGUAUAAUUAAAAAAACCGACAGGGGGAACUAUUUAUCUACCGUGGACAUUGUAAUCGCGACACCUGGACGUUUGAUUGAUCAUAUAUUAAAGACGCCUGGCUUCUCCUUGGAUUUCCUAAGGUUUCUUGUCAUCGACGAGGCCGACCGUGCGACAGAAUGGCUGCAGUACCUACCCGAGUUUCAUUCUCGGGCUCAUAGCUUAACGAUCGGAAACAUGCAUUCAAGCGAGAUCACACCUGCUCAGAAACUGUUAUUCAGCGCUACUCUAUCGCAAGAUCCCGAGAAGCUAAGUCGUUUGGGACUCUUCCAGCCUAUACUGUUCACCACGGUCGUAGUGACGGACAAAGACACCGAUGUGAAUCUGGACAAGAUCGCGGGCGAGUUUGUCGGUCGUUACACGAGUCCGGGAGAAUUGACGGAACUCGCGGUGGAAUGCGCCGCUGAGUACAAGCCAAUUGCUUUGUAUCAGCUGUUAACGAAGCACGACGACGCGAUCUCCAAGACUCUAGUUUUCACGAAUUCUGGAGAUACCGCGCAUAGACUGGCUCUCUUGAUUCAGUCACUUCUGUCGGGACGGAAUGCCACGGUCGGGGAAUUAUCAGCUCAGCUCGUACCGAGACAACGCGAAAGUGUUCUUAGUAAAUUCGCAACUGGAGAAAUACACGUAUUGAUAAGUUCGGACGCGCUGGCUAGAGGUUUGGACAUUCCGGAUGUACAACUGGUUGUAUCCUACGACGUUCCGAAGCAUAUCAAGGGCUACAUACACAGAGCCGGCAGAACCGGGCGGGCGGGGAAGCCGGGUACCGCGGUAUCCCUGCUUACGGCGAAUCAAGUCGGGAUAUUUAAGCAAAUGUUAAGCGGCGCGCACAAAGCUGUACCAGACAUCGAGCGAAUGGAACUAGACGCUACGGUGGACGCGAUAAACUAUCAGAGUCACGUUGAGAAAUUGAAGGAGACUCUUGAGAAAGAGCGAAAUCAGAGCUUGGAAAGAACGAAGGCCAUUAAGCGAAGACGCGUGAUAAAUACGGUUAGACCGAGUGAAAAUAAAGGAUGACGUUUGAUGAGCGAAGAUAGAAAUAAAAAGUGUACAUAAUAAUCUUUGUGUGAUAC